AUGCUGAAGUAUGUAGUAGCUUUUCGUCGCAGAUCUGAUUCACAACAAGUGACGGACUGUCGUUUUCCGGUAUGUGAAAUAUCACAACAGAAUCGUUCCGAUGACUUUGAUGGUGACAAGAGUGAUCGAACACUUGGCAUGACAGUGGACCUAAAGAAGAGUGAAAGUUGUGAUGAUUUCGGAUAUAGUGGGUUACAUUCUCAAUUAUCCGGGAAUGGUAAUAAUAACAGUAAAUUAAUUGGAUUUGGUGAAAUAAUGGAAACCAAUAAGGAAUUUGAUCCCAUUCUUGCAAUCACUCAUGCAUAUCCUGUUGAUAACAUCACCGAUAAUGAUGCUGACGAUGACGAUGAUAGCGGGAUGCAUCGCAGUGAUGAAUCUCGCUUUGGUAUGAUGAGACGUUUUGGUGGUGUUGUUAAGUCAAUUGGAGCAGUCCGAAAGCAAUGGCAUCGUCCCGUCGCUGAGGUUUUUCCAAAUAAUACUCACACUGAUAGUAGCAAUAAAGACGGUGGCUUAUGGUCAAAAGCUUCAUUUGGACUCACAAAGCAUAUUUCGAAUAAUUUGUCCUUUACAGACGAACACUCUCCAACAUCGCCUCCAUCAUUCUCACAUUUACUGAUUGCCACAGAUUCAACAUAUCGUAUCGGUACGUCAAAAUCAAACCCGUUAUCCAGUGGCGAUCGGCAACAACAAUCAACGUUACGAAAAAGCUGUCCAGAUUUGAGGAUAUCUAGCGGUGGAGGUACGUUGCUGGAAAAUAUGGAAAUCUGUCGAACACAAAAUCGUAAUCGCCGAGCUCAUGAAAAGAAGCAGGCAGCAUUGUGGAAGAAGAAACCUAUAGCUGAAUGGAGCCUAGACGAUGUUCUGCUGUGGUUGCAGCAUUGUAAAUUGGAUGAUGUGGCAUCAGUAAUGAUCGGUUAUGAUAUCAGUGGAGCGGAUGUGGAACGAUGGGAUAACAAUACCCUUGAGCAACUUGGUGUAUCAGCAGAGCAGACGCGGACCAAAAUACUGAACGAGCUACGAUCACUGAAAGUACGACAAACAAAUCCACCAGCUGAAGUAAACGAAACUGGUACCAGGUCUAAGAAAGGCAAGCCUGUGAUACCGCUAUUCAAAUUGGUGCGAUCAACCAGCUACGACAAAGUGGUUGCACUGGAGACAUCACUAACAACUCGGGAUAUUACUGUGGCUGAGGGAAGGUUUGGUUGUCUGCAAGUCACAAAGGUCAAUGGUGCUAACAUUCCGCUGAGGGAGCAAGAUUGCUUUCUGGAAAUUAAUGAAAUGCCUGGGCAAGCAUUCCGUUCACCACUGAUGUUCACCAAAUUAGUUACUGAGGCAGCUGGUGAACCGAUCAGGUUGGUUGUUCUGAGACGGCGCUUGCUGCCUACCAGUGAUACAGUCGGCAACUACGAUUGCGAUAAUGAUAUCUCCGGUCGUGGUAUAUUCCUUGGAAAAAAGCUUCUGGCUGCUGAUCAGGAAUCUUCGGCAAGCAGUGGGGUGUCAUCAAGUGAAUUGUCUUCAGACGCAGGACCGCUUAACGAUGACAGCAAAUCUCAAGUUCUUAGGUUAUGA